UUGAAACCGAGGCCGAGCCCGUAAACGGUGCCAUUGACCUGCGUGGCCGCUGGCUGCUUAUGGCGAGAUAGCCUGGCUGAUAUGAUAUGCCCUGCAGUGUCUACACUGCUACAGUAUUAGUGCCACGACUGUCGUCCACGAGGCGUGAUAAUCGGCCAUGAGGUCAUCUCUUCCAUGCGCCAUGGUCCCUGGAAACUAAACCCCGACUUCCGGCCUGGGAGUAGCGUGGGCUUUUGGCUGUGACCCGAUAAGAAAAGACAGGGCCUUAUCGCAGAGGGGUACGGAUCCCAGGCCUGGGGGGGUGUGAGCAGGGACAAGCUUGUGAAAUUUUUAUAGUGCUAGAUUCGACUAUUGCUGGGCCAACAUCGCCAACUGCCCCCAAGCUCGACUGGAGUCUGGUACCAAAUGCACCGGCAGCUCUGAUAUCCGAGAAAGCUCUGCAGACCUCAUCUUCGAGUGCCCUCAAGCUCCUCACAGCUCAUCGCCCACAAUGGCAUCCAGCGCAUCAGCCGAGGCGUCUCCAGACACCCGCCAGGCCCGCUUCGAGCAGGGCGUGGCCCUCUCCCUGAACCUAUGGCCCGCCCUCACCCUCGCCGUCCAGAACAACUGGGGCGGCCCAGACUCGUCCGACAAGCGCGACUGGUUCGCCGGCGAGGUGGCCGACCAGUUCCCCCCGCUCACCAGCACGGGCGCCGCGACAAACACAAACGGCAGCGGUGCGACGGCGUCACAGGCACAGGCACAGGGCGGCGACAAGGAGGAGCCCGACGCCGAGUACCUGGAGGAGCUGAUCCUGCAGGUGAUGCUGGACGAGUUCGAGGUCAACGUCGACGACGACACCGCCUUUGACGUCGCCACCGAGAUCGUGCGGCUGCGCGGCCAGUGCGCCCGCGGCCAGUUCGACGAGGUCGACCGCCUGCUGGAGCGCUGGCAGGCCCGCAAGGGCGAGAAGGUCCUCUUCAAGCACGGCGAGGAUCAGGACGGCGAGACGGACUGGGAGGACGACGACGAGGAGGACGGUGACUCGGACGACGACAUGGACGACGCCCCCGCCCUGGUCGAGAGCGCUGCGCCCAAGAAGGAGAAGGCGCCGCCCGAGGUCGACGACGACGGCUUCACCAAGGUUACGAGGAAGAGGUGAGGGGACUCGCGGCACCAAAAGCUUACUGGGUAUGGGGCUUCCCCCUGCUACUGCUACGGCCAUGAGAGGGAAGGAAAACCCUCCAAACUAUUCGAAAAAUGUGAAUUUCAUCUUGAUACCCUGCUAUUAGAUCGUCACUCCGGACUAGAGCAAGAGGAAGAGGAGGACAAAGAGAGACAUAACCCAAGAACUCGGGAAGACCGCCGAGUACGUGCCUCACUGGCGUCGUCUCCUUCAAUAACGCCAAGACGCCUCCAACCCAGAGGAUGAGACGAGUACAACCCUGCGCAAAAAAGCAAUACGGAAACACCCAACCCCUCCAAAUAGAGACUGGUCAGACAAACAACGGCACCCGCCAUUUAUUCCCAGUCCUCAUCGCUGUCAUCGUCAGCCUUGCGGCCCUCCCUAGGGCUGUUGGGCGCGUUGCUCGGGUUCCCGGACGCCGCCCCGACCAUGUCGUAACUCGUCUCGCUGUCGGGCUGCGACCUCUCGUCGUUGGACUUGCGGGACUCGUUCGGCUUCAGGAGGGCGGACGGCUUCUCGGCGGGCUUGGUGGUGGGAGGGUGGAUGGUGGUGGAGGAACCGGUCGAGCCGGGCCUCUUGGGCUCGUCCGACUUGCUCGGGCCAGCGGCCUCGUCGUCAGAGUCCUCGUCCCAGCCGACUUCCUCCUCGGCAGACGCGGCUGGACGCAGGUUUUGUUAGCAUAGGUGGUGAUUGUUGUAGUAGAGAAGACGAGAAGAAAAUCAAAGAGAUCCGUCAAACACA